AAAUGCCAGAAGACGCGAGAAAAGGAGACAAUGUUUAGUCAACGGUCAGAAAUGUCCGCGUGCUCCAAAUAGGUUCAUUCUUUAUAGAACGUGGCAUCAAAACCACACAUAUAAAAAUUCCCAAAACCCAAUAGAUAUGCGAUCGUUAUCUAAAAAAAUUGCAGAACAAUGGAAAAAUGAACCACUCAAAGUUAAGUCAUUCUGGGACCGAUUGGCCGCAGAAGAAAAGUUAAAAGCGCCUUACAGGACAACGGCGGACAUACUUAGCGGAUUGGAAAUGUCUAUCAGUAAACAUUUGUCUGAAGAUACUUCUAUGACGUUCGUCAAUGCCACGGUGUCAUCACAAAAAAAAAAUUUUAUGGAAAAAUCGUCUAUCAAGGCAGAAAAUGAAGUUCCUUCUUUUGUGUUUAUAUCCCCAGAAUCUCCUCCAUCGGUUCCAGAAAAAAAGCAGGAUUCUCUUAUAUUUGAAGAUCCAACUCUCAACACCCCUGAUACUUAUAAAUGGGAAGAGAUUACUUCACAGUCACAGUCACCUGAAAGUGAAAUUUUAAGUUACGAUUCAUAUGGAUCGGACGACGAAGAAAAUCAUGGUUUCUCUUCUCCCUUUUAUUAUAAUUUUACCGGUCCUCAAAUUUCAAAUCAUUCGAUUGACCCGAUGUUAAUACAAUACAAUACGAAUUUAAAU